UUGAUUCGUCGACGGUCAGCGUGCCCUGCGCGGAUUCGUUGCGCGUCAGUUGAUAACAAAAUGCCGUCAGAGUCCAAACCUUUGUUGACAGCUCAAACGGAAAAGCCAAAUCAUUACUCAUAUUUGAAGGAAUUCCGUGUCGAGCAAUGCCCGCUCUUCUUGCAACACAAAUGUACACAGCAUCGGCCUUUCACCUGUUUUCACUGGCAUUUCAUGAACCAGCGACGUCGGAGGCCGGUGAGGCGUCGCGACGGCACCUUUAAUUAUAGCGCCGACAAUUAUUGUACCAAAUAUGACGAGACGACGGGCAUCUGCCCCGACGGAGACGAUUGUCCAUACCUACACAGAACAGCGGGAGAUACAGAAAGACGCUAUCACUUGAGAUAUUAUAAAACAUGCAUGUGUGUCCAUGACACAGACUCCAGAGGUUAUUGUGUAAAAAAUGGAUUGCACUGUGCAUUCGCUCACGGCAGCCAUGACCACAGGCCACCAGUAUAUGAUAUCAAAGAAAUACAAGCUCUUGAAAAUACCGAUGGAGACGGCUGCUGCUCUUCUAAUGGUCCCAAUGCUUUAGAUAAGGAAAGAAAUUUAAUGAACGAGGAUCCCAAGUGGCAAGACACAAAUUUCGUACUAUCAAAUUAUAAGACAGAACCAUGUAAGAGGCCGCCAAGGUUAUGCAGGCAGGGUUAUGCUUGUCCCCAAUAUCACAACAGCAAAGAUAAGAGAAGGAGCCCCAGAAAAUUUAAGUAUAGAUCUACUCCUUGUCCGAAUGUGAAACAUGGAGAAGAAUGGGGCGAACCGGGUAAUUGUGAUGCGGGCGAUGUAUGCUCCUAUUGUCACACUAGAACAGAGCAACAGUUCCACCCGGAAAUUUACAAAAGUACUAAAUGUAAUGACGUGCAACAGUCCGGGUAUUGUCCCCGAGGAGUGUUUUGCGCGUUUGCCCAUGUUGAACAAGAACUAGGGGUGUCUAGAGAAUCCGGUGACGCGGCCGGCACCAAUUUAGGAGAGAUUUUAUCUAACGUUCUUCCAGCAGGCAAUUCCGACAUUAAAAUUGAGAAAUGUCAUGACAGUUCUAAUGGUAGUAGUGAAGUAAGCGAAUCAGCCUCGUCGACGUCUUCGAUAGGUUCAAAUAGUUGUAGCAGUAAUAAGGCGCCUGGGGCCCAGCUAGCACAUAAAACUUUACCAUUUCAGAGGCAUAAUAGCAUAGGAUUGGAACUUACUAAUAAAUUAUUGCAAAUAGAAAAAGAUCCAACAUUAGAUCCCAUUGAAAGGGAACAAAGGAAACAAACGCUAUGUUUUGCAUAUAACAGUUUAGGCAACUCAUUUUUCACUGGAAACGAUACAGUUGAAAGUGUUGUUGGUAAUGCCUUAGAUGAAUUAAAUUUAGACGAUUUAGCUCUAACAGGGGCCCUAGACAGGGAUCUAGAAACGGAUUCCCCCACAGUAUCAAAUUCAAUAUCUGUAGGUUUGGCAUCAUCCGCCGGCCUUUUAGGCAGUUCAGCUCCGGUAAACAUUCCCAGCGCCGGUCCAAGGACUUUGGGAGGAUUCAGCCCCAACAGUAGCCCCUUGCAACCGUUCUUAUCCGCGUCGAGGUUUUCGCAAUCGGACACGAUGGACUUUUUAAACGGUUCGCUACAGUUGAGCAGUAGCGCCUCCAAGAUCAAUAGUUUUUCCGGAUUUUUCGAUUUUCAAACCCAAAGCAUAUCGCCCAGUUCUAGGAACCAGCACAAUAGCUUUAGUAUGUCGCCUAGUAUAAAUAAUAAUUUGGAAAUUGUCAGACUAAGAGACGAACUGACCCAGGCCCGUAUCCAGAUCAACAACUGGGAAGACCGUUUGCAGCAGGCGCGUACCGCCUGCGAGGCCUGGCAACGGGAAACCGACGAGGCGAACCGUAAAGCGAAACAAUUAGAAACGAAACUGCAAGAGACGUUGAACCAGUACACGGUGCUCAAGCAGGAGUGCGAACAACUCCAAGGGGGACCGCACAUACGCAGGAUAACCUCCGUUUCCGAACUGAGCAAACUCUCCUUGACCAUUUUGAAGUCGUUACACUCUCAGAUCAGACAGGAUUUGGAGGAAAUCGAGAAAGUAUUGUAUAGGGAGACCGCCUCCAAGUGUAUGGUCUGCGAGGAACGGAAUCGGACUGUUACGUUGAAUUGUAAUCAUUUCGUGUUGUGCGACACGUGCGCCGGCACCCAACCCGAGUGUCCCUAUUGUCAGACGCCGAAUAGUUUGGUCGCGACCAUGUGAAUAUGCGGUUAUUAGGUUUGCGAGGGCGUGGCGCUUCGAUUAGGAUUUCUGAAUGAUUCCCACUGCUGAAUAGAGUAUAAUAUUUCAGGAAUUAAUACUUUGGGAGCUUUUGGGAAUAAAAGCGAGCAAUAAAAUUGCUGGGAGUAAUUGGUUUUGAAAUUAUAAUGAUCUUCCAGUUUAACAGGAAUUUACACUAACUUUCAUAUUUUUAAUGAAAAACCUUUUUGGAUAGAAAACAAUAAUCUAGAGAACAACGAUACCGCAUUGGCUAUUUUUUGUUUUAUGCUCAUAGAAAAACUCGAUUUUUUAAAUUUUUACGUUUUCUCGCCUUUUCUUUUUCUACCAUGUCAAUUAUGCCGCUCCUAGCCGCAGAAUUAGGAAUUAUUUUCAGCAAUUUUAUUUAUUGAACCUUGAAGCUCCUGUACGAGAUAUGAUACUAUUAAAUAAUAAUUAAUAAUUAGAAUAUUAACGGAAUUCAUGUAUAAAACUGUCACUAAUCUUAGCCGAAGCGCAAGGCUCGCGCAUUUUUAACAAAUUUUGAAUUAUAGUUAUAUUCGUUUAUAUUUUAUUGAUAGAUUCUUCUUAUAGAUUUUAGAAGAAAAAUGAUUUAAAAGAACUACUACAGUUGAUAGUAUAAAAUAGAUUCUAGACUAGUAGCAUCACCGACGUUACUUAUUUUUGUUUUUUUCUUAUUCGGGAAGAAACUUAAUUUCGCUGUUAUUAAGAGUACAACCUUGUAUAUCAUAAUCUGGCAAGAGUCAAACAAUUAAUUUUUAAGGCAAAUACAAAUAUUGUUUUUGGCAAUUUAACAAAAAAAUGCUGCAUUCCAGGCAAUUGGCAACAAGAAAAAAACGUUUUAUUUUUGUCAAGCAUCCAUAAUAAAAUCCAACCAAUUUAGGUGUUAGGGUGUUCCUUUAUUAUUGCCAUUGAGAGUCAUUAAAUUUAUACAGUACGUGUCUCAUUUUAAGUCACAAUCAAAUCAAUAUCAAUUGGAUAUGAGGUGAAAUAAAAAGUUAAAAUAAAAUUAAAUUAAGUGAUAAAGUUCAUUAUACGGGGUGUUUCAAGUUCGACCCUCAUCAUGGAGAUCUCGGAAUCUAUAGGAGAUACGAUGAUGUUUAAAUUGAGGCAAAGUUAGGAAUUUUUGAACUAAAAUUUUGAAAAAUCGAUUUUAUUACUUUUUGAUUUUAAAAUAAUUUGCACAUUUGCGUUUCCACUUUUUUUGUGCUGCAUGAUGGCGUUUUUAGAUUUUUAAUAGGACGUUUCGUCUUUUGCCAAUCAUCAUCAUCAACUUUGUUUUUUCUUUUAUGCUCUACAUUUGGUUUUUGGUUUUAUUUUAAAUCUUUACUUUUUAAUGGUGUAUCACAAGUAAUAUUUUUUUAAAAAUCUGACUGACAAGACAAUAUUUAAACUGUCAAUUUCCAUUUUAUUUUACAAAAUUACGUUAAAUGCUUGGAAGGGAGAAAAUUAUGCAAAAUUCCUGGAAAAAAUUAUUCAAAUCUCAGGAAGGCGUUAAAAAAAUUUCCAUUAAAUGUCUGAAAUAAUACAGAAAAUUAAUCCAGUUUUCUGGAAAAUCUACAGAAUUACUUUAACACAUUGAGAUGGACAGUGUGAACAUAGUCGAUGUUCCAAAAAAAAUCACAUUCAUAUUUUAGAAACAUAUGAACCGAUUUUUUUCAUAUUUUGACCAUAUAUAGGAUAAAGUUUGAAAAAAACAACUUUGGACGCCAUACUGCCAUAUCAGUUGUGACCCACCAACAUUACUUCCUGACUUUAUGACAGGAGGCAUUACUGCAUAUAAGCAGUAAUUUUUUAAUGACAAUUUUGGGACACUGUACUGCUAGAGCAGUAUAAAUUUCUAAAACGUUUUAACUUGGAAAAACAUUUAUUUUGAAGAAAGAAAUAAAAUACAACUCAAAGUAAAAACUAGUUCCUAAGGCUAAAAUGGUAACUUUCAAAGCAUGUCGGACAUAAUGCUGGUUUGUAUUCACAACCCUUACAUCUGUAUGAAACUUGUGUCCUUUUUGAGACACUCCUUGCAGUUUAAAAAGUAGUUCUUCCUUUUAUAAUUCUCAGAGGGCUAUCAUUAUUAUCUGGUCUUACUGGUGUUCGCCGAUUGUCAUAUACAGCAAUGUUUUUGUUUGUUUCAAAAAAAAGUCUACCAUUUUUUUCAUUUGCAGGUAUUUCGAGCAAUCUUCGAAUAAUCUUUUCUCGAAAUUCGAUCAUUUCUGAUAUAGAGUUAAAUAUUGUAACGUCUAGUAAAUGAAAAAUGAUUUUCUUAUACUACCUUAUUGUUUUUCGUGGGCAAGAGUAGUAAGAUACAAGCUGAUCCAGUCUAUCAACACCAGACAUAUAUUUGUUAUAUUCUGCUACUUCAACUGGUUUUAAUUUCACCUUAAAAAAAUAUAUAUUAGUGUACCUAUUUUAGAGAAACAAAAAAUUUUUAAAAGAGACUUCAAUUAACUUGGGAUGAUACUUGGUGGUUAAAAGUAAGACACCCCUGUUGUCUCUCCAUUUAGAGACGUAUACACCUCGACGUCUUCUCCAGAUGUAUUCCCCCUUUUUCAACUUUUUCAAAGUCACAACUUUUGGAUUGCCUUUUCUAUUGCUCCUGAGGGUCCCUGUUGUGUGAGUUUUGUGUUUUAAGAGGUUUUCUGAGAGCAUUGCACUAUUAUAAAAAUUAUCCAUCACCAGGUGGUGUCCUCUAUUGAAAUAUGGACUCAUUAGUCGCAAAACAAGCAAUUUUUUCACUUUUUCCUUUGUAUAUUUCUAUAUUAAAUAGGUACCCAUUUGGCGCACAUAACUCAAAAAAAUUUUAUUCUAUAUCUUGCUCUUUUAUUUUUUAUGUACUGUCUGAAACUAAGCCUUCCUCGAAAAAGCAGCUAUAAGCAUUUUGGAAGUUCUGGAUAAUAAUGUCCAGAAGAGGUUGUACCUUGUACAGUUUAUCUUGACCUACAUUUUCAUAAAAACAUAAGUAUCUUGGAAUUUGCUCAUAUCUUCUUCCAGAUAUAAAGUGAGAAAAUAUAGGGUGAUAGUACAAGGGAUCCACUGAAAAGACCUUCCUUAGCUCGGGAUAUCCUAUUUGGGCUCUAAGAAGGGUCACAGCUAUAAAAAUAUCAAAUUCCCUUGGCUUAAUUGAAACAAAUUUGGAUGACCUGGAUUUUUUUUUGUGUGGUCGAGAAUUUCUGGAAUCUAAUAUCUAAUAUAGCGUCUAUAAGAAAAAACAGAGUUGAUGAUGGUUGGCAAAAGGCGAAACGUCGUAUUAAAAUUCUAUAGCACACAAAAAAAAUGAAAAUGCAAAAAUCCAAAUUAUUUUAAAAUCAUAUGAGAAAUAAGCAAUAGAAGAAAAUAAAAUCAAUUUUUCAAAAUUUCCAAAUAUAUUCGGAACCAAUAAAACUUUGCCUCAAUUUAACCAUCUUAUAGAUUCCAAAAUCUCCAUGUUGAGGAUCGAAUUUGAAACACCCUAUAUACACCCUUUCCCUAGUAUUAUUUUUUUUUGCAAUAAUACUCAUUUAACUUGCACCUUAUAUACCGGGUGUGAACGAUAUUACUUAAUUUUUUCUUUGCUUGUGUACACCCGGUAUAAUAAUUUUGAUUGACUACCUGCACCCUGGUAAUUAAUUCACAGUGUCAUUUGCUUAUGUGAUAUUAUUUUGUAAAUUUUUCAGCGCUAUGAUGGUAGUUUCAUUUUGUUAUUAUAUACCUGCGAUCGUAAUAGAAUUAUUUAGUUGAGACUCGCAUCCUUGGAAAGACUGCAAAGUGUGAUGUAGAAGUAAGAAAAAUUAUUUAAAAAAAAAUCGUCAUCUUAACCCCCCUUGUAAAAUAGACAGCAUUAUUAUUAUUUUUUUUAAUUGAAUCUCAACUGAACAGUUCGUUAGUAAGUUUAAGUCAAGAAAAGUCAAGCAAAUGACGUUUCGCGGUUUAGAAUUGACAAUGAAUAAGUGUAACUAUUUUUUAAACUAUAUAGGUUAAGGUAGUUUUUCAUUAUGAAUUUUAGAGGCCUACUAUCGUGAUUUAAACCAUUUAUUGUUUUUUUCUUUGUCCAGUGCAUAAAGCUUUAGACACUCGUCGUAAUGUUUAACGAUAGUUAACUACUAUCGCAAUUAUUAUACUUAUUGUAUUUUAGUCAUUAAAUUAGCGUUCUUCAUUAUAAGUGUUUUUAUUAUGCAUUUUCGUUUGUUGUGUCGCAAUUAUGGUACAAUUAAACCAAAUGUCGUCGUCAUUCAUCUUCGGCGAACAUUUUUCAAAUAUAAUUAUUUAGUAUAAAUGAAAAUAUUCUAAGAGUACAAACGAUCAAGUGUGUAUAUAAUAUUAUAUCUUUUAAAUAAUAAUGUUAAUGGCAAUACGUAGUUGUGGAUGUAGUGGUCAAAAAUAUUUUUAUUAAGUGUUUCUCUACUAUUAAAUUACGUGUCGAAUUUUGGAAUUAGAACUUAAAAAAAGAAAGAACUUAAACAAAGUAUGUUGUACACUUCUAUCGCUUACUUUUAUAUUAUUUCCUUUUUUCGAAUAAAUACUUUACAUUUA